AUGAGCGCAGCUAUGGUGCUUUCAAGCUCCUUUCGGCUACUUUUCUUAGUGUUCCUGUGCUUUUAUUGCUGCCUGCCUCAAUGGUCCCAUGCUUCUCCCCCUCCUGCAGCUAAAGCAGGAGCAGAGGGCGUACCAGCAGAUGGGGAACUCUCCAACUCGCAACACAUUGAAAUGGCUUCGGCUCAGCUCACCACUCCUGAUCUACUACUGGGGUUGGGCGGCGGCAUUACUCACGCCGCACAUGAGGCCGGCUUAAAGGAGCCAAUCAUUGGCAAACCUGAUAUUAAAAAGACUGUACAGGAAAUCGCUGUCGCCAAAGAGGUCGUCUUCACCAACAGAGGGCACGAUGAAACCAAGCUGUUUGGAGCAGCGGUAAUUCGUCACAUGUACGGGAUGACCGGCCAAUGGGAAGUGAAAAGCCUCGAAAGAAGGAGUAUCUUUAGGCAAAAGCCUACAAGCAAAAAAAGAGCAGAGCGGGUUAUUGUUUCUGUUGAAGGCAUCAGUCCUGCGGCAUUUAAAGCCCUCCCAAUAGUGUUUGCGAGCGGCCCCGAGUUCUUGGAGGUAUUGUUCAUGGUGAUGUCCAUCAUGAAGACAGCAGCACUAGAGCAAGACGCAAAAUUGUUGCUUGAUUACAUCCCCCUUAUGCAGGCGUGGAGUGUGGUAGCCAGGCAUGAAAUGGCCUUUUUCGCGUUCGUUGCGUUUCCGUUUAAACCUGUAUUACAAGCUCUCGCCUCUCUUUCCCCGUCAAAAAUUCAGUCCGAACAUCUAGCAAAAAUCAGUAAAUUGCAGUCAUCUGUGCAUCACGAAUUUCCUAAUCUGGAUAAGGAUGAAAUUGAGAUCCAGCUAGAUCUGUCGGAUCCAACGGAAAAGUCGGUAUUCGAGGAUCUCCUGAAAAAGGGAGUUUCACUGGUGAAUUACCAUCGUCAUGGGUCUUUCUUGCGGGAGUCGCUUCAGAGCAAAGGAUCCUUUUUCCAGGCGAUUGAGAAACAGGAUGAGACUGCCGAGGACUUAGCGCAGUCCAUGCUGUACAGGUCUAUUAGUGUCGUCUUUCAGCAUUCAAAGAGCGACGAUGUUAAGCAUUUCCUAUCACUCAAGUUUUGGGAAGACGAGGAAACGGCCACUAAAACCAUGGAAGACAUCCUAGCCAAGACCAACCAAUAUUAUGCUGCAUGGACUUUAGAGCCUAGCGUACCCUUGUGUAUAUUGCUGUUUUGUGGCUCAGAACUCUUUAGAGAAAAAGCUGACUGCCGUGGUAAGAAAAACCAAACCGUUGUAACAGAGCCCCCCGAAACAAAGACAGAUGCAGCCGUUUUGCAUAAGAUGAUCGAAGAGGAGAAAAUGGAAGAACAGAAAGAAUGGACACAAGGAAAGCAGGAAAUGAAAAAAGUCGAGAACAUAGAGGAAGGGGGCGCAGAAGCAGAUACUCAAAGCAAAAAACAAGGCACGGAAGCAGCUGCAGGAGCAGCGGCAGCGGCUGUGACACACCAGACAGGUAACGAUGGCACCUUAGGAGUAGAAAGAGUGGUCACCACAACGUCUGUGGGUGACUUCAGAUGUAAGAUUACAGGUAACUGUCCCAGCAAAUCCAUAAAAGUGUGUAAGAACGCAUUGUAA